AUGACGGAAAAAUGGAAGUCGGCGCAGACCAUGCACUACUGCGAGCUGUGCAGGUGCUGGCUGAACGACAGCAAGCAGUCGAUGCUCAACCACGAGCGCGGCGCCAAGCACCAAGAAAACCUGGCACGCAAGCUGCGGGAGAUGGCCAAGAAGGCCGACGCGGACAAGCUGGCGGCCAAGCAGCUCGAGGCGGCGAUGGGCGGCAUCGAGGCAGCGGCCGCGGCCGCGUACGCAAAGGACGCCGCGGCGGCCGAGGAGGCGGAGCGGCGCGCGCGCGCCGCGGCGGCGGCGGCGGCGGGGUCGUGGGAGUGGGACCAGGGGUCUAAUUAUUACUAUAACGAACAACACCGGUGGUACUACGACCCCAAGACUAAAUGGUACUACGGCGGAGAGCCGGUGGCGUGGGCGCAGGACCCGCCCACGGCGUCGCUGCCGGCCGCGGCGCGCUUUGGCCGCGCGCCGCACGUCGGCGGCCCGGAGCCGCCGUUUGACCCGGCGCGGGCCAAGGCCGCGGCGGCGGGCGGCAGCAGCAGCGGAGCCGGCGGCGGCGCGGGAGUGGCGUUCACAACGGUGAAGAAGGUCGUGGCGCUGCCGCAGCACCCGCAGGCGCUGAUAGGCGGGCACCAGAUGCACCACGUCGGCGGCAAGAUUGGGGGCGCCAAGGGCGUGGGCGGCGGCAGCGGAGAGGGCGGCGACGAGGACGGCAGCGGCAAGCGCAAGCGAGACGGCGCGGCCGUGGCGGCUGCUGGCGCUGCAAAGGGCGGUGCAGCGGGCGGCAAGCCGGCAGACCCCGCGGAGGCCGCCGCGCUCGCGCGGCGCGAGGCGGCGCGGCAGCGGGUGCAGCAGCGAACGCAGCAGUCGUUCGGCCUGUCAUGA